AUGGCGCCAAUCAGGAUGUGGAAUAUGACAACAUUUCCAAUCGAACGUCUUUGCUUCGAUCUGAAGUUGGAGGUUUUGGAGCAAUUAGACGCAAGAGAUGUGAUUGAAUUGGUGAAAGUCAAUCAAGGAUUCCUAUGGAUGAUUUCGAGUCGACCAUCGACCGUUUUCGGGCACGAUGUCCAUGAUAUUCAAUUUGGGUUUGGUCCACGAGGAAUUAAAGUAAUCAACAUCAAGAAGCUGAAUGGGAAUUCACUUAAACAAAAAGAUUCGAUCGUGCAAUCAAUUGUUGAUGGGCAUGGAUUGCAGCUACAGCCCAAUCGACAAGGAUUACGCCGCCUUUCUGAAACAACUUCAGGCCGUGAAUUCACUCUAUUUGGAUUGGUGUCCGGCUCAGCACCUGGAGUUGCUUUCUCAUUUGGCAGUCAAGAUCAAGAGAUACGCGGCUCUUCCCAGCUUCCUUCAAAAAGUUCCAUCAAUAAAAGAUCUUGU